GGUGAUCAUUUGAAGUUACAUGGAAGGGAGAGAGAUCGUGAAGCAUCAUCGAAAAUUGGAGUAGCGUGCACAUGUCGGAGUCCCUGAUUAUUUGUAAACAAUAUGAUUAUGCUUUUCAAGUAUCUUUGGCUAUCGCUGCUACUGGGAAUCGUAUACUUUUUAUAUUCGCGCGACUUGAUCAGGGAGAUGAAAAUUCACUUGAUGGAUGGAACGUUGAACAUAGUUGAUGCAAUAUAUUUUGGAUUAAAUGACAAAAAUGAGGACAAAGAGCCAAGGAUAUUCACCACGAGUGAAUUGAAACAAUAUACGAAUCUGGAAGAUGGCUUGUAUCUCUCGAUUUUAGGUCAAGUUUUUGAUGUGACUAAAGGUGCGAAGCACUAUGGACCUGGAGGCAACUAUCACGCUUUCACCGGUCGCGAUGCUUCCUUGGCAUUUAUUACUGGAGAAUUUGACGACGAAGCUUUAACAGAUGAUAUAUCUAGCUUGUCAGCGAGACAAGUUAAAGCAUUGGAUGAUUGGCUGCAAUUUUAUAACACAAACUACAUUUACAAAGGAAAAUUAUAUGGCAGAUAUUAUAAUCAAGAUGGCAGUCAAACUGUAGAAUUUCAGAAAGUACAAGAAAAACUAUUAGUUGCUAAAAAUGAAAAGUUAGUAGAAGAGAAACAGAAAAGAAUGUUUCCACCUUGUAAUAUAGAAUGGAAUCCCGAAAUUGGUACUCUAUUCUGGUGUACUGAAAAAAGCGGUGGAAUUGACAGAGAGUGGGUAGGAGUACCAAGAAUAUUAUUUGAAACUACAAAUACACAAAGCACAUCUAGAUGUGCUUGUGUCAAAUUGGAUAGUAUGGAGUAUGAAGAAAAUAAAGCUAUGUUAAGAGAAUAUGAUGGUUGUGCAAAAUAUGAGACAAAAUGUGUUCUAAAAAUAACUAAGUCAUAAUGUGAGAUAAUAUUAAUUAAAAUACUGCAUUUAUCAAAUUAGGGGAGAAUCGGAUAUAUAUUCAGAUUUUAUAUUUAUACAAAAUAUCUGUAUUACAAUAUAUGUAAAAAUGUUUAGAUAUAAGAUACUAUU